UCCUGACUGCACAAUCUCGCAGAUUCAAGUGAAGUGAUAGAAACCAUGGCUUCCACCGUGCAAAAAUCAGCUCUCAUACUAUGCGGAGACUACAUGGAAGAUUACGAAGUGAUUGUGCCAUUCUUUAUGCUUCAAGCCUUCGGUGUCAGGGUUGAUUGUGCCUCUCCCGGCAAGCGUUCCGGUGAUAAAUGCUUCACCGCCAUUCAUGAUUACUUGGGCUUCGAGCACUACACAGAACUGCCGGGCCACUUUUUUCCUCUCAAUGCAAACUACGAGGACCUAAAUAUAGAAUUAUCCUACGAUAUCCUCAUAAUACCUGGAGGCAGGUUCACUGAGCUCCUCAGCUCCCAUGACGAGGUGGUCGAUAUGGUAAAAAGAUUUGGAGAAACAGGGAAGACUAUAGUCACUAGCUGCCACAGCCAACUCAUGUUGGCAGCAGCAGGACUCCUCCAAGGCAAGAAAUGCACCGCCUUCACCAGCAUGAAACCCAUCAUUGAGCUUGCGGGAGGCACCUGGUGGGAGCAGCCUGAUGUAGAAUCGGUUCUUGACAUUACUGCUUGUCUCAAGGACGACAACAUCGUGAGUGCCAUUGGGUGGCCAGCACACGGUGAAAUUAUGAGAGUUAUACUUGAGUCUAUUGGAGCCAAAUUUUCAACCUCCCACAUGAAAUCAGUACUGGUUGUGGUUGCGGAUUAUGUAGAAGAUUACGAGGCAAAUGUGCCAUUCCGGGCUCUACAAGCUUUAGGUUGCAAGGUUGAUGCUGUUUGCCCAAGCAAGAAAAAAGGUGAGAGCUGCGUCACCGCCAUCCACGAUGACGAGGGAGGCCAAAUAUGGGGGGAAAAGCGUGGCCAUAACUUCGUCGUCAAUGCAAAUUGGAGUGACAUAUCUGUAGAUAACUACGACUGCUUGCUGUUGCCUGGAGGCAGGGGCCCAGAGUUGCUGGUCAUGAAUGAGAAAGUGGUUUCUUUGGUGAAGGAAUUCGCUGACAAGAGCAAGAUCAUUGCAGCAAUUGGACAAGGGAAGUGGAUUCUGGCUGCUGCUGGUGUCCUAAAGGGAAAGAAAUGCGCAAGCAGCCAUGGACUGAAGGCCAUUGUAAAGGUGGCUGGUGGAGAAGUUGUGCAUUCUGAAGGGAGCCUGGCUCAUGAAACACUAGUGACUGCUAGUGGAUGGCCUGCUCUUGCAGGCUUUUUAGCUGAGUUAACUAGAGCCCUUGGCUUGUCUGUGGUGUUCUGACAUGGGGAAAGCUAGCUUCGUUUUCCUUGUGCUCAUGCUAUGUCAAAUUACGUAAUGUGUGUAAUGGUACAAUAAAGUUUGGGACUUGGUAAUCGUAUUGUCUGGAGAUUUGCAGCUUCACUGCUGAUGCUGGCUUUAUGAUCUCAAGUCUCAACGAGGGUUGUUUUAUUUAUUCCGGAUGUACUUAUAAAUAUUUUAAUAAUAUAAUUGUGGUUUAUUUAA